AUGGGUAAAACACAAAAGAAAAAUAGCAAGGGUCGUUUAGAUAGAUACUAUUACUUGGCCAAGGAGAAGGGCUAUAGAGCUCGUUCUUCCUUCAAAAUCAUUCAGAUAAACGAGAAGUACGGCCAUUUCUUGGAAAAAUCCAAAGUGGUUAUCGACUUGUGUGCUGCACCAGGUUCGUGGUGUCAAGUUGCCUCCAACUUAUGUCCUAUAAACUCGUUGAUCAUUGGUGUUGAUAUUGUGCCUAUCAAGCCGCUCCCCAACUGCAUCACUUUCCAAUCUGAUAUCACGACAGAAGAUUGCAGAUCCAAACUCAGAGGACAUUUGAAAACAUGGAAAGCCGAUACUGUUCUUCAUGACGGUGCUCCAAAUGUGGGUUUGGGAUGGGUCCAGGAUGCAUUCACACAAUCGCAGUUGGUUUUGAAAGCUUUGAAAUUGGCUUGUGAAAACUUGACUCAAGGCGGAACCUUUGUCACAAAAGUGUUCAGAUCGAAAGACUACAAUAACUUGAUGUGGGUGUUUCAGCAGUUGUUUGACAAAGUCGAGGCAACAAAACCACCUGCCUCGCGUAAUGUUUCUGCUGAAAUUUUCGUGGUGUGCAAAGGUUUCAAAGCUCCCAAGAAAAUGGACCCACGUUUGUUAGAUCCAAAAGAAGUGUUCGAAGAGUUGCCUACAGAGAAUACCAACAACGAAGCCAAAGUUUUCAACCCGGAAAAACACACUAGAAAGAGACAAGGUUAUGAAGAAGGUGACUACUUAUUGUACAAAGAGAUGCCGUUGGCCGAUUUCGUCCGUGAUGAAGAGCCAAUCAACACAUUGGGUUCUUUGAAUAAACUUACGGAGCCACCAAAGGAUGACAAAGAAUGGAAAAUGUUGCGCAAGUUGAGACAUUGUACUCCCGAAUUCCGCGAGUGUAUCAAAGAUUUGAGAGUCUUGGGUAAGAAGGAUUUUAAGCUAAUCUUAAAGUUUAGAAAAGAAGCUAGAGCACUUUUGGGUCUCGACGAUCAAGAAGAAGAGAAGCCCGAAAUUGAGGUGGAGCCAAUUACCGAAGAAGAGCAAAUAACCAAGGAACUCGAGCAGUUGACAGAAAAACAAAAGCAGAAGAAGAGAAGAGAGAAGAAACGUGCCAAUGAACUAAAGCAAAAAGAAAUCAAGCGUGUCCAAAUGAGUAUGCUUACCGAUAUGAGUAUCGGUAUUGAAGCAGGUCAAUCAGGAGCUGAGUCAUUAUUCAACAUCAAAUCAGCAGAAAAAACUGGCCAAAUCGAAGAUCUUGCCAAAGGUAAGAAGAGAAUGGUGUUUACCGAGGAAGAAAGAGCGAAAGGUACCGAAAUCGAUUCAGGUGAAGAAAGCCACGAAGUGGAUUCCGAGGAGGAGCUCGAUAACUUGGAGGCCCAAUUAGAUGGUAUGUACCAAGAGUACAAAAAGACAAGAGCUGAGAAAGAUGCCAACUAUAGAGCCAAGCUUGCUAGAGGUGAUGCUGACGAUGAAGCUUGGGAUGGCAUUCAAUCUGGAGAAGAGAGUGAAGAAAAUGGAAUGGAGAAAGAUUAUGAGAUGGAUGUCGACUCUGAUGAAGAAUCCGAUGAUGAAGAGGAAAUUCGUGCUAUGUACGAAAAGAAACAUAAAGAGGAUUUGUCCAAGAAUGCAAAGAUGUUUUUCGCAUCCAAUUCUGUGUUUGGGGACUUGAAAGAUGAAGACCUCCUAGAAGCGAUCACGCCACAGGAGCCUCAAGCCAAUGGAAAGCAGCAGCAACUCCCAGUUAAGAGAAGCAGAGAAGAAGUCGAGAAGGAAGAUUCUGGCGCGGAGUCUGAGUCUGACUUUGAAAUCGUCGAGGCUCAGCCAGAGGAAGAGAUGGACUCCGAAUACGACUCCGAGGAGGAGAGUAUCGGACGCCAGCUCUCUAAAGCUCAGUCUCACAAGGAAAGAGUCGAGUUAAGCACAGUUGAGGCCAUGACUUUAGCGCACCAGGUCGCCCUAGGCCAGAUGAACAAGAAUGAUUUAAUUAAUGAAGGUAUUAACAAAUACUCUUUCAGAGACAGAGACAACUUGCCAGAGUGGUUUAUGGAGGAUGAAAAGAAGCACUCGAAAAUCACAAAACCAAUCACAAAAGAAGCUGCUGCGGCUAUCAGAGAAAAGCAGAAGGAGUUAAAUGCAAGACCGAUCAAGAAGGUGUUGGAAGCCCAAGGCAGAAAGAAGAUGAGAGCAUUGCGCAGACUCGAGAAAAUCAAGAAGAAGUCUGAUAUGAUCAAUGAGGACGGCGCCAAGAGUGAGAGAGACAAGGCAGAAGAGAUUCUGAGAUUGAUGCGCAAGUUGACAAAGAAGCAAAAGGUCAAACCUAAGACUACACUUGUGGUUGCAUCGGGCAGCAAUAAAGGAUUGAGCGGAAGACCAAGAGGCGUCAAGGGUAAAUAUAAGAUGGUUGAUGGUGUGAUGAAGAACGAACAGCGUGCCUUGAAACGGAUUGCUAAAAAGCACAAGAAGUGA